UUCACCAUAUUUCAUCUUUAGUUGCUGAAACAUUUGGCUGAAUUUCAAGUUAGUCACUGAACUUUUAAUUCAUCUGAUGUACUUAUUAUAAAUGGAUGAUCACAUUUAAACUCCCUGGUUUUGAGAGAAAUAUGAUUGAACCUCUACAAUGCCCGUCUCUCAGGCAUUCAUUCUCACGCUUACUUGAUGAAUGUAAGAACAUGAAAGAGCUAAAACGAAUCCAUACGUUGCUGAUUAUCUCUCCUUAUUUGUCUAAAAAUGACCACUUUUUCCUCACUACUCGUCUCCUUUUCUUCUGUGCAACUUCAGACUCGGGUUCACUCAGCUAUGCCAAUGAUGUUUUUAGACUUGUACAAAAUCCCAAUCUUUUUGCAUACAACGCCAUGAUAAGAGCUUAUGCGAGUAAAAUUGAUGGUGGGUAUGAACCCAGUGCCCGGGCAUUGCUUCUAUACAAGCAAAUGCUUAGUAAUGGUGUUGCACCUGAUUCUCUCACUUUUCCGUUUCUUGUAAAAGUAUGUACAAGAAUGGCCGAAUUUGGCACAGGUAGAAGCAUUCACUCCCAAGUCAUGCGGUUAGGAUACCACAAUGAUUUAUUCAUUCAAAACUCUAUGAUUUGUUUGUACUCAACAGCUGGGUUUUUAAAUAGUGCCCGGUAUCUGUUUGAUGGAAUGCUGACAAGGGAUGUUGUAUCUUGGAACUCAAUAAUUAUUGGGUGUUUAAGAAAUGGGGAUCUUGACUCGGCUUUGAAUCUGUUUAGGAGGAUGCAGAAGAGAAAUAUUUUUACUUGGAAUUCAAUGAUAACAGGGUUUGUUCAAGCUGGUAGGCCCAAGGAGGGUUUAGAAUUUUUUCAUGAAAUGCAGAUUAUAAAUGAAGAUAUGAUCAGACCAAAUAAGAUUACGAUUGCGAGUGCCCUUGCAGCCUGUGCUUCCCUUGGAGCAAUCGAACAUGGGAAAUGGGUUCAUGGUUACUUGCAGAGAAGUGGCAUAGAAAGAGAUGUGGUAAUUGAAACUGCAUUGAUUGACAUGUAUGGUAAAUGUGGGUGUGUGGAAAAAGCAGUUGAAAUCUUUAAGAAAAUGGCUAAGAAGGAUAUUUUAGCAUGGACAACUAUGAUUUCAGUGUUUGCCCUUCAUGGGUACGGUAAUGAGGCUUUUGAUCUUUUGAAGGAGAUGGAAUCAGAAGGGGUGAAGCCUAAUCAUGUCACUUUUGUAGGGCUGUUGUCUGCUUGUGCUCAUUCUGGCUUAGUGGAGAAGGGACGUUGGUGUUUUGACAUGAUGGAACCUGUUUAUUCAAUCAAACUGCAGGUCCAACACUAUGCUUGCAUGGUUGAUAUACUUAGCCGAGCUGGGUUUUUCAAAGAGGCAGAAAGGCUUAUCAGAAACAUGCCAAUGGAGCCAGAUGCAUUUGUUUGGGGUGCAUUGCUUGGUGGCUGUCAAAGGCAUGGGAAUGUAGAGUUAGGACAAAAAGUGGCACAAUACUUGAUCCAUUUGAACCCAUUGAACCAUGCUUUCUAUGUAAAUUUAUGUGAGAUAUUUGCCAAAACUGGUAGAUUUGACAAUGUGAGGAGAGUUAGAGCCGUAAUGAAAGAGAAAGGGAUCAAGAAGGUUAUUCCUGGCUGCAGCAUGAUUGAGGUUGAUGGGGUUGUUUAUGAAUUCUCAGUAAAAGGAUCACCUGUAGUCAUACUGGAGGAAGUUGUAUGGGUCUUGAAUGGAUUGAGCAAUGAGAUGAAGAUAGACAGGGAUAUGCAUUAUUAUGAACUGAAACCAGUGGAAGCAGAGAUUUGGUGACAUGGAAUAUUUUUUGGGUUUUAAGCUGUGUUUCUCAUGUUCAGAUGACGUGAACAACCAGCCUGCAGCAGAUUUCUUUUAUAUGAAAAAACGAUGGAGGUUGCAGAUUUUUCUACAUGCAUGUUUGAUUUUUUGCUUGGUAUUGGCUUGAUGAAAAUAUAGUGGACAUUCACCAUGAAGUCUAUUCCAUGAAACUGUUUUUAUUAGCUGUAAGACUAAACCUGGAAGGACUCUUGCCAGAAAAGAAACCUCGUAGGGCUGAACCUGGAAGGACUCUUACUGGAAAGAAACCAUUUGGUCAGGCUGCCUCUCUGUUGGCAUUCUCUUGUGAGGUCAGCUAGCAGACAUGUCAACAUACUCUUGCUCAAGAAAUACAGAAAACACCAGAGGAGAUCAUAUUCAUCGCCAAUCCCAUGUUUUCAUGAGGGAAAUAAUUGAGGAACUAAGGGAGAAGCCGUUCAUGAAUAAGGUGAAUGAGUGAUUUCCUGGAAAACCAGUUGGCAGCCAACAAUUCAAAAUCCAAAUAGAGGGUCAAAGGAGCAGCAUCCAGAAAGGAAAAGAGAAGGUUUCUUCACUUCGCAUAAUAUGGCGAACAAAAAAAAAGAAGGAAAGAUCUUAGUAUUCAAUGGAACUCAAAUUUGAAAGGGAGCAUAAAAAAGUCAGAUUACAAAACACAGAUGCCUCGUCUUUAAUGGGAUCAUAAAGUCUGAGUGAUUCAUGAAGCUAAGGCACUGGCAGUUCCCUUACAUCCACACCCCUCCCCUGCUUUGGCCACAGAUAUAAUUGAUUGAGCAAAUGAGCUUUGUUAAAAAGGGCCUGUGUAGAAGAACUUGAAUCAGCUUAGUCUUCAACAUGUAAUUCCAUCCCAUUCCCAGAGGACUGGAAGUGAACCCACUGCCAUCAUUGCUGCCAAUCCUCUUGCAACAGUUCACCAGGUGCUGCAACAUCUGGAUUAGAGCUCCAGGAGCAAAAUUCCAAAUAGAAUGCUCAAUCCUACUCCUAUCUGGAGUAUGCUGCAGGCUCCUCUACCGGAAAUAAAGAGCAAUUCCUGUGGCAUCACUGACAGUUGGAGAUGAAGUUUUGCCGACAGUACAAGGUGUGGCACGACACAAGAAAUAGAGAUUCAAGAAUUCAUUAAUCCUAUGUUUGGGAGAGGUUUUAUAUUUGUGUACAAAUUUGGAUAAAAUACAAUACAAAAUUAUAUCGAGUUUUGUCCAAUUCUCUAGCUUGAAAUCCAUACUCCCAAACACAGAGUAAGGGAAUUGGACAAUGACGAUAUCAAAUUUCAUCUCAUCCUGUAGUUAUAUUGCUAAUAAUAAUAAUAAUAAAAAGAAUUGAAGCCUCA